GAGUGCCUUGCACCUGUCCACUGUGCACUUCAGACAGGAGGAGCUGUGUCACAACCUCUGAAGGAGUUCAGCUUGCUAAGGAACUUGGAGCCACAUACCUUGAACUGCACACUCUUAAUGACUUCUACGUACAGAAAUACUUUGGAGGAGUGCUGGAAUAUUUUAUGAUCCAAAGUUUGAAUCAGAAGUCAUCCAAAAAAAUGAAGGAAAGGAAAAAGAUGCAGAAGUGCCAUCGAGUCCAACCACCUCAACUUGAACAGCCAGAAAAGAUGCCGAUCCUGAAGGGUGAAGCCUCACACUACAACGCAGACCUGCACAACCUGCUCUGCUGCUGCCAGUGUGUAGAUGUGGCCUUCUAUCCUGAGGACCUCAGCAUAGCAGUGGAGGCUCACAAGAUCAUCCUCUGCUCUGUCAGCCACCUCUUCAUGCUGCUGUUUGGAGUGAAGAGCCCAUCCGAUGCCCAUGACACCUCCCUUGUGCAGCUGGCACAGAGUCUCUUUGCAGUGGAGGAGGGGGAUCCCUUACCCUCGUAUCCCCAUGGUGUCCCACCCUGUGUCCCACCAGUCAGGGUGGUGGUGAAGGAUUCUCUCUUCUGCUCUUGUCUCCCAGAUAUCCUCCACUUCAUUUAUUCAGGUGCUUUCCAGUGGGAACGAUUGGAAGAGGACAUAAAAAAGAAGUUGAAAGAUCCAGAUAAAACAGAACAUGUGCUUGAGAAAGUUAAAUGCAUCCUGAAAACUCCAGGGAAGCCAAACACUGUAAAGGACUGCAAAUCUCACCAGAUAAAACUGCUCUAUAAUACUUCUCUCAGGCUGUUCUUUAACACACCUGUGCUGGCUGAUGUACUCUUCAAAAUACAAGAUGCAACUGUACCAGCCCACAGGGCAGUUCUGGUAGCCCGUUGUGAGGUUAUGGCAGCCAUGUUUAAUGGUAAUUAUCUAGAAGCAAAUAGCGUUCUGGUUCCGGUGUACGGGGUUUCCAAAGACACUUUCCUGUCCUUCCUAGAGUACCUUUACACUGACUCCUGCUGCCCAGCCGGUAUUCUCCAAGCAAUGUCUCUACUGAUCUGUGCAGAGAUGUACCAAGUAAUGAGACUCCGGCAUAUUUGUGAACUUUACAUCAUCACGCAGCUUCAGAGCAUGCCUAGCAGGGAACUGGCUUCCACAAGCCUCAGUAUUGUUAGCUUGCUCAAAAAAGCUAAGUUUCACAAUUCUGAUUGCCUUUCAACUUGGCUUCUUCAUUUUAUUGCCACUAACUACCUAAUAUUCAGUCAAAAGCCUGAAUUUCAAGAAUUAUCAGUGGAAGAGCGCAAUUUUGUAGAGAUGCACCGAUGGCCUUCAAACUUGUACCUGAAGCAGCUUGCUGAUUACAGGAACUAUAUCCACUCUCAGAAAUGUCACUGCACAGUAAUGUAAAGAGACUGAAUACACACCAAGUGCAUUUGAACUGCAAAAUUUCAGAUUGGGGAUUAUAUAGAAUAUAAAAACCAUGUCAAGAUUGAAACCUGAUGCUGACCUCCUCUGGAAAUUACAGACAUUCUUCGUUUUGCUAACAAAUUUAUCUAAUUUUUACCUUGAAGCAUUGAGAAAUGUAUGUUGAAGAUUUCUUUUAAGCAGAAGGACUUCAUAUUCACGGGGGUUAUAUGUAUUACAGGACAUAUAUGACUGGCAUCUGUUCUCCCUUCUAAUUUCUUUUCUGUUUAUUUUAUUGUUUUUCAUGGUUAUUUUUGGCUGCUAAACUUCAUCUGCUGAGAACAGACUGGUUUUGUAAAUCUGUGUGUAAUAGAAGCAUAGGAGUACAGUACCAGUGCAGCGGGAAGCUGAGAAGCCAGGUCAUAAGAUCUUCAUAUACUUCAGGAUGCAAAGAUUUUCUGCAGUAUUUGUUAGUUCACAAUAUAAAGGGUAGGCUUAAGAAACAUUGCAGUUAUUGUUAAUUUAUUACUUCAGAGAAAGCCUGUAGCUCUUUUACAACCCUAUGAAUAGAUCUUUUCAUUCCAGAGGAAUGCAUCACUACAUUUUUUAGUGCCUCCCAAAUAUCUAAAGAAUGACAUCAUUUUUCCUGCCAAUAAGUAGGAGAAAAAAACCUGUUUUAAUGAUCUCCAGAACACCUUUGUUGGUGUGGUCAUAUUGUAUUUUUCCCCAUGAGGAAUAAAGAGAGGGAAAUAGAGCAUGUCUCAUGGACAGGGAAGAAAGGCAGAGCGGUCAACAGCCUUUCAUGGGGUUUGAGCAAAAAAACUCACUAGCAGAAGUGACUUUUUUGGGAAAAGUGUGUCUUGUAAUCAUAGGUCUCCACAAUACCUGGCAACAAAAAUCUUAGAUGUGCUGGUCAUGGAAGAGAUGACCCUCACAGAUUUGCUAGUGCUGCCUGAGAUACUGACUUUUGUGGUGGAGCUUUGAGCUCAAACCUCCCCAGCGGCGACUCAGUUCAAUCUUAGUUACCAUCAUGUUCUCGUAAGUUACACCACAUGAGAUGAACAUAGCUGUGGAUCCUUUCUGAGAUACAAGAGUAAAUCCCAGAAUAUUAUGACUGGCAUGAUCCAUGCAGAUGCUAUUUAGCAUUUUCUUGACCAAAAUUUGUCAUGCUGCUUACUUGUGUGUACACAGUAUGUGCUAAUGCUAAAAUGAACCCAGCCUGUACCUGAGCAUAGGUGCUCUUCUAGAAGCAAAAUCUAAUGAAGGAACUAAAUUCCUCAUCAUCACUCUUGUACUUCCAAUUCUGCUUUUUCAUCUGCCUUUGUAAUUUGGUAUGUAGCCUGAGACUGUGGCAUUUCUGCCACAUCAAAUGUACCUGGAAACUGCACUUGUGAGAAGAAGAAAGAAAGACAAAUUGCUGGAGAUGAUUUUGUUUUGUUUUUUUUAAAUAAGGUAUAAAAAUUGUUAUAUUUGUCAAUAUAGUUUUAUAGGUAAAUUGUUCUUUUCAAAUUCCAUUCUAGAGUCAUAGAGAUUUUUUUUAUUUUUGUGGUGAUACAUUGCAGAGCUUGAGAGGAUGUUUCCUUCCCUAUUUUUGUAUACACACACAUAAAAAAAGAGUUUAUGACUCACCUGGCUGCUGGAGACUCAAAAUUUGAAGGUUAUUUUUAUGCAAGAAUGAUUGAUUUUUAAAAAAAAAUAUUUGCAUCUGCAGAUCCUGAAGUUCUUUGAAAGAUGAAUAGACUUACCUAUGUCUUGCAUAUAGGGAGUCUAAAAUAUAGAGCAUUACAUUGCUUUUUCAAGAUCAUGAAAGAAAACUGAAAUUAUUAAACAAAAAAAACACUGUAGGAAAGUAAUAGUGAUGGAACUUACACGUGGAAAGAGUAGUUUUUAUCACUAUAUAGUUAUCAAAAAUUUAAGCAAAAAUUAAAUUACUGGAUAGAUAUGAAUAAAACUAAGCUUUUUGAAGCUUGAAGUCAUAGCAAAAUUUGUACAUACAGCUAAACUACAGCUUGGCUAGACAUUUGAUAGCAUCCUUGGAUGUUUCUACCAGAAGCCAGCUCAAUUACCGAAAGUGGGGAUUAAAUACUUCACAUUGACAUCCUGUGCAAAAGUGACACAAAAGUUCUGUGAAUGUCAGUCUAAGCUUCCUGUAGUCCUGCAUUUUCAAUAUUUUAGAAGCUUUCCCAGUUUCUUUACUAGGAGUUAGUCUGUUGCCAAUGAUUUGUGUAUAUACAACACAUAAAUAACUACUGGUUUUAAUUUUCUUUAACUGUUUUAUAGAUAUUUAAAAAUAGGCUUAAUGGAAAUAAAAAUGGUUUAUAUGAAAACCAGAGAAAUACUUUGCUAGUAUGCAUUUGAGACAGUGAUAGGCACAGGUUUUAUACAGAGAAGUCAGGCAGUAUAGAGAUGUUUAUUAUUUAUUCAGAGAUUAAUGCUUACUACUAUUCAGACAAUAAACUACAUUUCCCUUUUACUGGGUAUCUGCAUAAUGCUGCCUCUAUCAGGUGCAGAUGUGCUGUACUUGUAGACAUAGAUAAUCUGAUAAAUUUUAAUUUUAGAAAGAAAUCUUGCUAUAAAUUCUUAUUUUCAUUCUCUAAGAUGAUUUUAUGUAGAAAUGUAUGCAUCUUAAAAUUAUUUUUAAACCUGGUACUUUUAGCAUUUAGAAACAUGUCUGAAAGUAGAUAAUGAUGUUUUGUGAGUUGCUAUUCUUAGCUGGUUUUACUGGAGGCUGUGAUGCAUCCAGCACAGAUAGUCAGGAGUUAGGUGUUUAUAACUGUGUAUGGCAUAAAGUAAGAACUGCUAUGAUAUAAACCCCCCACAUGAUACUGUGGUAGAAAGUAAAAAUCAGGAACCAAUUUGAAAAAUAAAAACUUAUUUAAGGAUGUGGUUUUGAAAAAAUAAAAUCUUUCUGGAACGCUUCCACUGGUUCCAACACCUCCCAAACUCCCCUAGCACUGGCAGCACUGGGAUCAAAGAAAGAGGUCAGUGGUGAAUUUGUAUGCCCUUAGGCAGAACCUAUAGCAUUUGAAAUUAUAUCUUUAGGCUUAAGUUUAAGUAGAGAUGCAACUCUUGAGUCCUUCACUAGAGCUAACUCUCAAAAUUAACUUUUAGAAAAUAUUUUUUUGAAUAACGGCUUACACCCCUAAUUCUUGUUGUCCUAUAUAUGUGUGUUCUUGUCCCAAACUAGCACUAAGCUUUCUAGAGACAAAAAAAAAAAAAAAAAAAAGCUGUCUGCACUAGUAAGGUAUUCCACAUAAUGGGCAGAAAAGUGUUGUUAUUGUCUUUAGGCCACGGUGUGUUUGAUUUGAAAAAAAACCCCAGGAAAUAGAAAAUAAAAAGUUAGAAAAAAGUUAGAAAGUUAGAAAAAAAUAAAAGUUAGAAAAAAGGACAACUAUUUUAUUAGGCAUAUCCUGAAACACUUGUAUGUUUUUCUUCUAGAAAAACUAGACUAAACUAUGCAUUUUUUAGACUGAAUAUGUAAAAUUUUGAUAUAAAAUUAAAAAAAAAAAUCUCUAAUCUGUCUCAUAUGUAAUAUAUGUAUAAUGCCUAUACUUAUGGAUAUGUAUUAGCAUACUUGAGUGUUAUACUGGAGAUACUUUUUGUAGCUUAUUACAGUCACAGAGCCAUACUGGUUUGGGUAGAGCCAUGGCUUGGGUUGCAAGGGACAUAAAGAUCCUCUUGUCCCAACACUCUUGCCAGGGGAAGAGACACCUUCCACUAGACCAGGUUGGUCAGAUCCCCAGCCUCACCUUGGACACUCAGCUCAUCGACUGAGCACCCACUGAGCCACAACAGCAGCACUGAGCAGUGCUGGAAACUGCAGGCAGUGUCCCAAAAGCCAGAGUGUGUUCAGGGAGAAUUUGGGAGGAAGGCUUUGCUUUAUGAGGCAUUGAAGAAAGAGGGAAGAAAGAGAAAAAGGAAGAAGAGAUCCCAUAGGAGAGGAUCACCAGUGUUGGAUCCAGUAUUGAUCUAGCCAAAGGCCCAGAGUAUUGUGAGUUCCCCACCCAGGCCCUCUGGGGUUACCUUUUUAUAGGUAAGGACAUGUAGCCCCCCUACAGCCCUGUCAGACUUUUCCAGUGGUUCUGAAAACAAGAGGCAACAAGGAUGCCAUUAAAACUCUUAUCCCAUCCUCCAUGACACUACGGUAAACCUGUGGGAGUCUGCUCAUCUUUUUCCUAAAAGCUUGUCUAGUGAAGUUUUUGCCAUCUUAUGGCAAAUGCAGAACUGCAAGAAAUUUACUGUGGGAAGGGAUGAACAAGUGGAUAAUUAGAUUUCAUGCAGAGCAUUGGCACUAACUUUGCUGUAGAUGGUGUCCUGUUUCCAGGGUUGUGGCAUGGUAGCCAUGGAGGGUUACCAGGGAUGGUUUGUGCCCAUUUCACUGCAGUGGUAUUAGGGGAAGCUCUGCUGCUGGAGAGCAAGUAACACAGUAUUUGCUGUCUUUGUAAGGCCACAGUGUCUCUUAGAAAACACUGCAAAAAGUAGUGUCAGUACGAAGACACAGAUAGCAGCCAAUCCGUGUCUGCCCCAGAAGCCUCAGGCUGAAGACAGGGAAGUCAAACACCUAAGGCAGCAACACUUCACUCAAGUACAGAGGGUGGUUUGGGGUAGAAGGGUGAAUUCUGCUGAAGUUUUAUUUUUAAAAGGUUUGCAGUUAUUCCUCCUCUCCAGGUCUGUACUUCUGAUUUACCAGCAAAGUGAUGUACUCACAGAAUGUUUUUACUGCAUGUAUUUUGCAUUUAGUGUUAUUAUUAAGAAAAUGGCUAUUUUGAAAUAUAUAUCUAAUUAAAUUUUGAAGCCAUUCUUAGUCUGUAUAUAUGGCUUUCACGUUUGGAAAGGAAAGGGAGGUUUAUGUCAAGUGGUGGGGAAAAAUCCCACAAAUCUUCAGUACUGAUAUCCAUCCCUUUUCACAGUUCUGCUCUGCUCCCAGCCUCUCCUUCAAGGACAACUGAAAACAAUGAAUGAGCCCUACAAGAAUAUCACUCUAUCAAUCUUCAUCUUGUGCAGGC